AAAACACGGCUGUCAGGAAGAACCGGCCUCUUUCCACCUGCGGAUCCUUCGCUCUUUUCUUUCCGGACUUGUGGAUCGAUCUCUGGGCUCCGGAGCCGCUCCGGCACCGCGGCGUGUGUUUGAUUUUAACCGGAGGAAAGGCACCUGCCGCCGGGGGAGGAGGGGGCUCGGACUCCGCCCCGGGACCGAGGCUCCGCCGAACAAAGUGACCGAAACUCCUGCGGUGGUUUCGGAAGCGGCGGAGAGAGGGAUCGGUCAGGAUGUCUGUGAACGAGCUCUACACCAAGUUCACCAGGGUCUGGAUCCCCGACCCUGACGAGGUGUGGAAGGCUGCAGAGAUCACCAGAGACUACAAGGAAGGAGAACCGGUCCUCCACCUGCGCCUGGAGGAUGAGACGCCUCUGGAGUACCCCAUUGGUCCUAAAUCCAACCCCCUCCCGUUCCUGCGUAACCCCGACAUCCUGGUGGGGGAGAACGACCUCACGGCCCUCAGUUACCUCCAUGAACCGGCCGUGCUGCACAACCUGCGGGUUCGAUUCCUGGAGUCCAACCACAUCUACACCUACUGUGGUAUCGUGCUGGUGGCCAUUAAUCCGUAUGAGCAGCUGCAGAUCUACGGGGAGGAGGUCAUCAACGCCUACAGUGGCCAGAACAUGGGAGACAUGGACCCUCACAUAUUCGCUGUGGCUGAGGAGGCGUAUAAGCAGAUGGCCAGAGAUGAGAGGAAUCAGUCCAUCAUCGUGAGCGGAGAAUCUGGAGCAGGGAAAACGGUCUCUGCUAAAUACGCCAUGAGGUACUUCGCCACGGUGGGGGGGUCGGCCAACGACACCAGCGUGGAGGAGAAGGUCCUGGCCUCCAGCCCCAUCAUGGAGGCCAUUGGAAACGCUAAAACCACCCGGAACGACAACAGCAGUCGCUUUGGGAAGUACAUCGAGAUCGGCUUCAGUCGCAACUACCACAUCAUCGGGGCCAACAUGAGGACAUACCUGCUGGAGAAGUCCCGCGUCGUCUUCCAGGCGGAGGACGAGAGGAACUACCACGUCUUCUAUCAGCUGUGCGCCUCGGCCUCGUUACCAGAGUUCAAAGACCUCGGCCUCAGCAGCGCUGAGGACUUCACCUACACCUCUCUAGGAGAGAACAUCUUCAUCGAGGGCGUGAACGAUGCUGAGGACUUUAAGAAGACCAGGGAGGCCUUCACACUGCUGGGGAUCAAGGAGAGCAGCCAGAGCAGCAUCUUUAAAAUCGUGGCGUCCAUCCUUCACCUGGGAAACAUCCAGAUCUGCUCAGAGAGAGACGGGGACUCCUGCCACGUCUCGAGAGACGAUGUCCACCUGGGACAUUUCUGCAGACUGCUGGGAGUGGAGCUCCAGCAGAUGGAGCACUGGCUCGUCCACAGGAAGCUGGCGACGGCGUCGGAGACGUACGUCAAGAACAUGUCCCUGAGACAGGCGUCCAACGCCAGGGACGCUCUGGCCAAACACAUCUACGCCCGAAUGUUCGACUGGAUCGUGGAGCACAUCAACAAAGCUCUGCACACGUCCUCCAAGCAGCACUCCUUCAUCGGGGUCCUGGACAUCUACGGGUUUGAGACGUUCGAGGUCAACAGCUUUGAGCAGUUCUGCAUCAACUACGCCAACGAGAAGCUGCAGCAACAGUUCAACUCUCAUGUCUUCAAGCUGGAGCAGGAGGAGUACAUGAAGGAGCAGAUCCCCUGGACCCUGAUCGACUUCUACGACAACCAGCCCUGCAUCGACCUGAUCGAGGCCCGACUCGGCAUCCUGGACCUGCUGGACGAGGAGUGUAAGGUUCCAAAGGGGACGGAUCAGAACUGGGCCCAGAAGCUCUACAAGCAGAACUCCAGCAGCGCCCACUUCCAGAAACCUCGGAUGUCCAACACGUCCUUCAUCAUCAUCCACUUCGCCGACAAGGUCGAGUAUCAGUGUGAAGGAUUUCUGGAGAAGAACCGAGACACAGUCUACGAAGAGCAGAUCAACAUCUUGAAGGCCAGUCAGUUCCAGCUCGUCGCUGAUCUGUUCCACGAGAAGGAUGACGUUCCAUCCUCCAAGUCGUCCAGAGUCAACGUCCGAUCGGCCAAGACGGUUCCUAAGGUUCCCAACAAAGAACACAGGAAGACCGUUGGGCUCCAGUUCCGCAGUUCUCUCCAUCUCCUCAUGGAGACCCUGAACGCUACGACUCCUCACUACGUCCGCUGCAUCAAACCCAACGAUGAGAAGGAGGCGUUCUCGUUCGACUCGAGGCGAGCGGUGCAGCAGCUCCGGGCCUGCGGAGUCCUGGAGACGAUCCGGAUCAGCGCCGCUGGAUACCCGUCCAGGUGGACGUACCUGGACUUCUUCAACAGGUACCGAGUUCUCAUGAAGAAAUCUGACAUGAUGUCAAGUGACAAGAAGCUGGUGUGUAGGAACCUGCUGGAGACCCUCAUAAAGGAUCCCGACAUGUUCCAGUUUGGAAAGACCAAGAUCUUCUUCCGGGCGGGCCAGGUGGCGUACCUGGAGAAGCUGCGUGCCGAUAAGUUCCGCUCGGCCUGCAUCAAGAUCCAGAAGACGGUGCGAGGCUGGCUGCAGAGAGUCCGCUACCGCAAGAUCCGCAAGAUGGCCAUCACCCUGCAGCGAUACGGCCGAGGCCUGAUGGCCCGCAGGUACGCCGAGUUCCUGCGUCGCACCCGAGCUGCCGUCAUCUGCCAGAAACAGUACCGCAUGGUGAGGGAGCGGCGGGCCUACCAGAGGGUGAGACGGGCCGUGGUCACCAUCCAGGCCUUCGCCCGGGGGAUGUUCACCCGCCGCGUCUUCUGGGAGUUCAUGCUGCACCACAAGGCCAUGAUCAUCCAGAAGAGGGUGCGGGGCUGGCUGCAGAGGAGGAGGUUCCGUCGGGCCCGCAACGCUGCCAUCACCAUCCAGUGUGCCUUCAGACGGCUUCGAGCCAAACGACAACUCAAACAGCUCAAGAUCGAAGCUCGGUCCGCGGAACAUCUGAAGAAACUCAACACGGGGAUGGAGAACAAGAUCGUCCAGCUGCAGAGGAAGAUGGACGACCAGUCCAAAGAGCUGCGGACUCAGAACGAGCAGCUGCAGACGGUCAACGUGAGUCUGGGCUCGGAGGUGAACAAGUUGCAGAAGGAGCUGGAGCAGCUCCGCCGUCACCAGGAGAACGGAGGUCAGCUGACGUCUCUGCAGGAGGAGGUGGAGAGGCUGAGGGAGGAGCUGCAGGAGGCGCACUCCCAGAGGAAGAAGCUGGAGGAGGAGCACAGCAGCGAGAAGAUGAGCCUCACACAGAGGCUCAAGGAGCUGGAGGCAGAAAACUCUUUGCUGAAGGCUGAGAAGGAGGAAAUGAACCAGAAGAUCCUGCAGAACACCAAGAACUCUGAAGUGGAGGCCAGCAGUGUGUCUCUGCAGUCGGAGCUAAAUCAGGAGAGGGAACGCUACCAGAACCUCCUGAAGGAGUUCUCCAGACUGGAGCAGAGAUACGACAACCUGAAGGAGGAGAUGUCUCUGAACAAGUUCCACCCCGGCCACAGGAGGAACCCGUCCAACCAGAGCAGCCUGGAGUCGGACUCCAACUACCCAUCCAUCUCCACCUCAGAGGUGGGAGACACGGAGGACACCAUCCAGCAGGUGGAGGAGAUGGGCGUGGAGAAGGCCUCCAUGGACAUCAGUCUGUUCAUGAAGCUGCAGAAGAGAGUCCGGGAGCUGGAGCAGGAGAGGAAGAGGCUGCAGAGCAACGUGGACAAGAUGGAGGAGCUCGCCAAGCGCAAGGGCCCUGAGGCCAAGAGCCCCACCUCAGAGGAGACGGCAGAUCUGGCCUACAACAACCUGAAGAGACAGGAGCUGGAGUCUGAGAACAAGAAGCUGAAGAACGACCUGAACGAGCUGAGGAGGAGCCUGGCAGACAGGGCGUCACAGGACAGCUCGUCCAAUGAGCUGCAGGACGGAUACAACCUGCUGCUGAGUCAGCUGAGAGCAGCCAAUGAGGAGCUGGACGCCCGCAAGGAGGAGGUGCUUAUCCUCAGGACUCAGAUAAUGAGCUCUGCCCAGCUGCAGGAGAACCACAACCUGGAGACCGUCAAAGACCUGAACCACAACAAAGAGGAGCUGGACCAAGUGGACUCCAGUCUGACGGAGUCCAAACAGCUCCUGGAGGCUCAGCUCCAGACUCAGUCCAGGCAGCAUAAAGAUGAACUGGAGGCUCUUCACACUCAGAUCGAGUUGUUGAGAGACGACCUGGAGAAGAAGCAGGAGAUCCUCAACUACACCAUGUCCCUGUCUCCGGAGGCUCAGGUGGAGUUCAGCGUCCAGCAGGAGAUCACCCGCCUCACCAACGACAACCUGGACUUGAAAGAGCUGGUGGAGAAGCUGGAGAAGAACGAGCGGAAGCUGAAGAAGCAGUUGAGGAUCUACAUGAAGAAGGUCCAGGAGCUGGAAGCCAAUCAGGCGUCUUUGAGCAGCCGGUCCAAACCGGAGCUGAGCCGCCAGGUGACGGUCCAGAGGAAGGAGAAGGACUUUGAGGGGAUGCUGGAGUACAGCAAGGAGGACGAGGCCCUGCUGGUCAAGACCCUGAUCACUGACGUCCAGCCCAGCACCGUCUCUGCCACGGUCCCGUGUCUCCCGGCCUACGUCCUCUUCAUGUGCAUCCGCCACGCCGACUACAUCAACGACGACCAGAAGGUGGAGUCUCUGCUCACGGGUUCCAUCAACGCCAUCAAGAAGGUUCUGAAGAAGAACAACGAGGACUUUGAGAUGACGUCCUUCUGGUUGGCCAACACCAGCCGCCUGCUGCACUGCCUCAAACAGUACAGUGGAGACGAGGCCUUCAUGAGCCAGAACACGGUCAAACAGAACGAACACUGCCUGAAGAACUUCGACCUGGCCGAGUACCGUCAGGUUCUGAGUGACCUCUCCAUCCAGAUCUACCAGCAGCUCAUCAGGGUGGCAGAGGGCAUCAUCCAGCCCAUGAUCGUGUCGGCCAUGUUGGAGAGUGAGAGCAUCCCCAGUCUCGCGGGGGUGAAGCCGAUGGGCUACAGGAACCGUUCGUCCAGCAUGGACAUGGAUGAGGGGGGCCCCCACACCUACACCCUCCAGGCUCUGAUCCGCCAGCUGGGCCAGUUCCACGGGAUCAUGAGGGACCACGGCCUGGACCCGGAGAUCAUCGGCCAGGUGGUCCGGCAACUCUUCCACUGCAUCAACGCCAACACCCUCAACAACCUGCUGCUACGCAAAGACGUAUGCUCCUGGAGCACCGGCAUGCAGCUCAGGUACAACACCAGUCAGAUGGAGGAGUGGCUCCGGGCCAAUAACCUGUACCAGAGUCAAGCUGCAGCCACUCUGGAGCCCAUCAUCCAGGCCGCCCAGCUGCUGCAGGUCAAGAAGAAGACGUCCCAGGACGCCGAGGCCAUCUGCUCUCUGUGCACCGCCCUGACCACGCAGCAGAUCGUGAAGAUCCUGAACCUUUACACACCACUCAACGAGUUCGAGGAGAGAGUCACCGUGUCCUUCAUCAGAAACAUUCAGAACCAACUCCAGGACAGGAACGACCCCCUCCAGCUGCUGGUGGACACCAAACACACCUUCCCCGUCCUCUUCCCGUUCACUCCGUCCUCUCUCAGCCUGGAGACGCUCCACAUCCCCGCCUCCCUCGGCCUCGACUUCCUCAUCAGAGUCUGAUGUCUCCUCCGGUGGAUGUCUCCUCCGGUGGACAUCACCAGACCAAUGUCACUUCUUGGUGGUCGUAUUUUUCUGGUCUCUGUCCUCCUCUGUCCAGUGCACUGAGUCCUCGUGUUGUCCCAGAGUUGUGUUUAAUGUAGAAAGCGGGUGAGACAUGAUGAAGGAUGAAGACAGUUCAACUAGAACCAACCAUAAAAACUUUAUUUACACAUCAGUGAGUGUUUAGUGUCUUCCUGUCCACCAGAGGACUCAUCAGCUGUUCUGUCCAACGUUCCAGUCCUUUCCAUCCUGUCAUCUGUCAGAUCAGACCAGAUUUCUUUGUCUGCGGCAAGCUAAGCUAAGCUAAGCUAGCAUUAGCAUAGAGUUUUAAUAGAGAGGACGUUUGGAUCUUUGGAGCUUUAAUCAACGCUGGACCCGUCAGCUUCUAAUCGCCAUGAUUCUUUUGUCGUGAUUGAUUUGUAAUCGGUAAUCAAUCUGAACACGUGUGCCAUCCUCUGACGUCACGCCAAGAACACGGAUUCAAACGAUGCUUUUCUUCAAACAUGUUUUUAUCGAGCAAAUUUCACAUAAAACCCGUUUGAAAACAAUACUAGAGAGAAUCCUUCCUUCUUUAGAUUCAUUCCAUAAGAAAAUGACUGUCUAUAGAUCAACUUCAGGACUUUGUCUUUCACACUGAUCGUGUCUGUAGAGACGUAGCGAUCCAGCUCGUUAUUUUUCAGAUGUCAGGUUUUGCAUUUUGUUCUGUUUUUGUUGCAAAAGAAAAAAUAAAAAGAAAGGAUCAAAAAAUAAAAGCCAAAGAAUAAAAGUGGGUUUUAAGACAA